CAAUGGCAGAAGAAGAAGAAUCGGAUUUGAAGCUGAUCGGUUCAGAGAAAUGUCAAUUUUCUUGCAGGAUAAUAUACGCUCUGUAUACUAAAGGCAUACCCGGUGAGCUUAUAGAAGAAGAAGAUUACCUCUCCAGUAAGACUGAUUUACUUGUUGAAUCGAACCCGGUAUAUAAAAAAAUACCAGUGCUGAUACACAACGGCAAAGCCAUUUCAGAAUCAUUAGUCAUUCUCGAGUACAUCGAUGAGACGUGGCCGGAGAAGCCUAUCCUUCGUAAAGAUCCUUAUGAAAGAGCCAGAGCUCGCUUCUGGGCUAAAUUCGUUGAUGAAAAGAUCGUGCCAGCAGGUGAAAGGUUACUAAUAGCAAAAGACGAAGAAAAAGAUGAGAUCAUUAAACAUAUUCAGGAGCAUAUGGCAUUUCUUGAGAAUGUGAUCAAAGAAAACAGUGAAUAUUUAUUAGCUGAGGGUGAUGAAGCGGACGAAGCAAACGAAAAAAUUCGCGAACUUCUCGUUCCCAUAGAAAAAUUCUUAGAAGAGCAUGAGGGAGAGGAUGAUGAGUGGGUUCAAGGAAUGCGCGACCAGAAAAAAAUACUUAUAGAUUUAUUAGAAGCAAAGAAUACAGUUUCAAAUUUCGGAUGCGUUGUUUUAAAUGCUGUAGUGUAUUUCGCAAUGAAUGAGCUUUUGAUGAUUAGCAGAGAGAUCGCUCAAGUAGAAUUAUUGGAUACGGACCAGUUUCCAAAAUUUACUGAAUGGUUGGGACUCACUUCGCAAAAUUUUACGAUCAACAGUAUUCUUCCUCCAGAAGAUGAUUAUCUUAGUCAUAUUAGAGCUCGUGCUGAAGCUGCAAAAUCUACCUAAUAGAAAGCAGAGUACUAUAGUUGCUUCACAAUCUGUAGUAAUUGAAUUGUUGGGGUUAUUGAUUUUAGGAGUCAUUGUACUUUCUCAAAAUUGCAAAAUGGUCACCGAACAAUUUUUUGUUCCAAAAUGGUCACUGUACUUUGUGAUUAGUAACUUCCGGCGAUCACCAAAUAAAAUCCGGUGACUUUUGUCUUACGAGGCUUGCCGAAAGUUUACUCACACCUUCCUCUUUGUCAUGUCAUUGUCGAUAUCACUCUUAUUUUUCUACAUCAUCAUUUUCUUCCCUAAUUUUUUGAACAUUUUCCGGAAAUAAAAAGGUGUGAGUCAGCUUCCGGCAAUCCACAUAGAACAAAAGUCACCGGAUUUCAUUUAGUGAUCGCCGGAAGUUACUAAUCAUAAAUUACAGUGAUCAUUUUGGAACAAAAAAAUAUUCGGUGACCAUUUUACAAUUUUGUAAAAGUACAGUAACUUCCAGAAUCAAUAACCCGAAUUGUUGUGUUGUAAUUUUCUUUAGUUGUAUUUCAUUUUUUCUUAUGUGUGAUUGCUAUGUUAUUAAUAAAGAGUGGCUUCGUUUGUCA